CACCUCGCCCCUCUUGUUUGUCAACCUAACGCCGCGGCUGCUGCUGCUCCCAUUACCUCCGGGCUGAUAGCGUCUCCAGUGCAGAGCAAACCCGAACGUCCGCCCGCAAGGUGCUCCUUGUUCCAAGAAAAAUGUCUUACCUACUUAUCUAGCACGCCACUGGCCGACCCAGUAUACGGUAAACGAAUAGUUCCGAGUUAUUCAGAGUUUUUAGCUCUUCUUGUCGACAACUCCAAGCCUAACUCCGCGGACGAUAGAGCCAAGUCGGAUGUAAUUGCGCCGACCGUCUGUGAUUAUCGCAUGUUGCUUCAAAGCGGUUGA